AUGGCUCAACACAGAUGCACUCAGAAAGUAGUGGCUGUCAAGUGCAUCCGCAAGAGAGCGCUAAAGGGAAAAGAAUCCAUGCUGGAGAAUGAGAUUGCAGUAUUAUGCAGUACUGGUUUUCACUAUGUGUUUGUAGCUCCUGAACUUCUACAGCAGAAAACAUACGGUAAAGAGGUGGAUCUCUGGGCCAUUGGGGUGAUUGCAUUCAUUCUACUCUGUGGCUACCCUCCGUUCUAUGAUGACAACGAUACACAACUCUACAAGCUGAUCAUAAAGGCCGAAUAUGAAUAUGAUUCGCCAUACUGGGACGACAUCUCUGACUCCGCGAAAGAAUUUAUAGUUCACUUACUGCAGAAGGAUCCAGCGAAGAGGUUCAAUUGUGACCAGGCCUUGCAGCAUCCUUGGAUUUCAGGAGGUGCGGCUCUAGACAAGAACAUCCACGGCUCAGUGUCAGCACAGAUUCAGAAAAACUUUGCCAAGAGUCACUGGAAGAGAGCCUUUAAUGCUACCAUCAUCGUGCAUCAUUUAACAAAGAAAACCCACUCUGGGGAAGACGAUGAAGGGAAUCACUCCACAAGUAUAGGGACCAUCUGACAAUCUACUGGCAGUAAACCUGAGGCUCUGUUAAAGAAAUAGUUCACCAAACAUGAAAACUGUGUCAUUUACUCACCCUCGUGUUGUUCCAAACCCCUAUGACUUUUCUGUGAAGAGCCAAAAAGGAAUCAAAAACAUCAUAAAAGCAAUUCUUACAACUGUAUUUGCAUAUUCAAAUUUGGCAUGUGUCAAUGAGACAUGUGAGAACCAAUAGCGUUCAGAAUCACUGACAGUAAACUUGGCGAGAUGCGUGUUCAUGCACAUAUUUGACUAUAUGCAAAUGAGAAUUAAUGUUUGAGAAUUGCAGUGGAGUUAAAAUUGGCAUGAACAAAACUA